AUGGGUCAGAAUGUGGCUGACUACAUGAGCUACCUAAUGGAGGAAGACGAAGAUGCGUAUAAGAAACAGUUCUCGCAGUACAUCAAGAACAACAUAACUUCAGACAUGAUGGAGGAGAUGUAUAUGAAAGCUCAUGCUGCUAUCCAAGAGAAUCCAGUCUAUGAGAAGAAGCCUAAGAGAGAAGUGAAGAAGAAGAGGUGGAAUUGUCCCAAAAUUUCUCUUGCCCAGAAGAAAGACCGGGUUGCUCAAAAGAAGGCAAGCUUCCUCGGAGCUCAGGAACGGGCUGCUGAAAGCUAAAGCAAUUU